ACCGCGAUCAGGGAAAACGGGGUUUGAGUGUACUGUCCUUGAGCCGCCGUAAUCGCCUGUUCGUGCGCCCAAUCAAGCACCCCGUGUGCACGUGCCCGAACAUUUCCCAGCCGCACAGCCCUACAGGGAAGAGGGGAUUACAGAGCUUCAUUACACCGCUUUUUUCUUGCCAACGCCAGAUCCAAACAUACCAUACUCCUCUGCUGAGCUUUCGACAUAAUGGAUCUUCAGUUCAAAUUCGCCGGGGGCAUUCUAUGCUUGAUUAGUCUGAUAUCGUCAUUGACUUCCGGAGCGAGGGUCGCCCUUCAACCGAGGGACGCAGAAGUGGACUUUAGCAACAUGCCUGUGUGCUCGAAGGCGAUUUGUACCCCGUAUGUUCCGCUCCCUGCUCUUCAUUCCACUCCCCGCUCAUCUGCUCCUCUUGGGCCUUCAAGCCUGGACCUGAAAAGCUGAUAGACCUGAAUAGGAUAUUAAGCUCAUUGCUGGAUUGCGGGCAAAAUAUAAUGACAGACUGCUUUUGCGGAAAACCGAAUCCGCUGGCAUGUGCUUGGAGGUAAAUUUCCACAACUCCCCUUCUGCGAUCUGCCUACUUACCUUUUUUCUCCCCUUUGCUGAUGCAUGAUAGUGUGAACUGGGAUUGUUGGAACCGUACCGAAGACUGGUAUGAUACGCAGUGCCCGGGAAAACCACUUGUCAACCUUUCCAGUGUCCCCAGCUGCGCACGCAGUUGCUUUGAUAGAGCGAAUGUUUGCCUCGAGCAAACCUCCAACUGUGUAUGCUCCCAGCCCAGACCCGGUUGCAACUCCUCCACAACUACAUGCAAUUCUAUGGAGAUGGACAUGUACAAUGCUUGGUAUACAAGGUCUUGCGAGUAUGGACAGAUUGCGCCGAGCACGAGUGUCUCGAAUCCUUCCGCAGCGAGGCCUACAAGCUCCACUUCCGGCGGUUCUACCUCACCCCCCUCUAUUGGUGGGGGUGGACGCGGAGGUUUAUCGACGGGAGCGAUUGCCGGCGCGGUUCUCGGCGCGGUUGCGGGGACUUUCGCCCUGGGCGUCUUCUUGUAUCUCUUCUUAAAAAAGAAAGAUCCAGAUCUAGGCUACCCCGCUACAGCGGGCCCACACGAGUUGGGAGACUCUCCGAAUCCAAAGAUUAGGCCUGAUUUGGUCCCGGGUGUAGUGCAACCGAUACCACUUGUUGAGGCCCCGGGGGACUAUAGGUGACUUGUCAGUCAUCUUUUUGGUCCCAUCCCACGAUUUGGAUAGGGAAGAUUUGACGGGUGAUUAUAUGAGGAUAGAUAGGAAUUCGGAAUUUGGGCACUGCUGUCCCUUCUUUCUUUUGUUUCUCCGAUAUGUUUCUUUAGCUUUUGAUUCCUGUGUGCGCAUGUGUUCCCUUCCAGAAAGCAUUUUUUUAGCAGUCUCCGGUGUGAGCUUUGAAACAUGGACACACAGCAUUUGUGUUUUUCAUCCG